UUUCGCUGAUGCCCGCGUCGCAUAUUAGUGUAUACACGAAGAAAACAUGGCAAGAACUUACUACUGUGAUUACUGUCAGAGAUCAUUUACCGAUAAUGCACAGAAUAGGAAGAAACAUAUUAAUGGUGUACAGCAUAAACGCAUGAUGAAACUUCAUUAUGACUCUUUUAAAGAUCCCGAGACAAUUCUUGCAGAAGAGUCCGCCAAGAAACCAUGCAGAAAAUUCCAGCAAGCAGGACACUGUGAUUUUCAUCCUAACUGUCGAUUUGCCCAUUUAAAUGAAGAACGAUUAAAGGAGCUCAACAGACAAAUUCAAGAAAAACGUGAAUAUGAAGAAGCUGAAAAAAGGAGAAUGCAAAAUGAAAAGAGGAAAAUGGAUGCCAACGAACCGAAUAUAGAUCAAUGGUUGGCAAAACGAAAGAAAAGAAAGGGAGAACAGACAGCACAUAAUUCUGCAGUGAAACCUAGUUUGAAAGAGGACUCCGUCAUAGAAGAAGAAAGCAAUGAAAAGCUGACAGCUGCUUGGUCAUUACCUCCAUCCUUGCAAGGGGUCCCUAACUUGCCGCCAUCUAUGAUACCUCCAACACUUGAAGAUGUGUUAGACUCAGGGGAAGUUCAAUGGGGAUGAAUAUGCAGCUGCUCCAAACCUUGGAACUCAGAAUUCUGGAGUGUGCACACGUACACCCAGAAAUAUUGUAAUUCUUGAAGAUUUUUCAUGAAUGCACGUAAAUACUUAAUUAGUAACUGGGACCAAAAAAAAAAAUAAUAAUUCGCCAUUUUUGGUUCCUAUGCUUUCAAGCAAAGGAACCUUUAGGAUACCCUUCGUGUGUAUGUAUGUGACAUGCAUGUUACACUGUUUUUUUGUAAACAGGAAAAGUGACUUUCCAGAUAUCUGUCCAUUUCGAACGACCGUACCCAAGCAAAACCGGAUAUAACAUCGUGCCCUAUUUAAUAAUUUUCGAUUUUGACAAAUAUUAAAGCCAUAACUAAUGAAAGACAAUACCCCAUACCCUUGAAAAGGCUAGUAAACUGUAUGAUAAAAGGAAAAAAUUUAUGAAAUGUUGUUUACUUUUGCUGUCCAACUGUCUUACAUGUGAUGGAUUGGACUCCAUGGGCUUUUCUGGGUAAUAUGAACAAAAAACUUUAUAUACACUCCAAAAAUUUUUUUACCUGAUACUGUGGUUUGGAUAAGGUUCUACAGACACAGCAUAGAAUUGUGUUGUGGUUUGAUAAAAAACAAACUUGAUACAUGACAGGAUAAUCCAUUUGCAGCUUCUAUCAGAAGCUAGACUGUGUGUACAGUACGGUAUAGUGAGACUAUUGUUGGCUCCGACCCAUAGUUGAUGUAGAGGCCCCCACCCCACCCAUAAAAAAGAGCUCGUUGGGCAGUUGGACUAAAAAAAAUAUAAGAAUAGGCCCAUGCCAAGCCAACACAUGUCUGUCACAGUCUGUGUGUCAUUUCUGGCCAUCCAGAGGUUCCUAUUCUUAAAAUAGUCUCAUUUGGAAGGGGAACACCUUCACAAAAUCUUCCACAAGCUCCGGCCCACGAGCUAUAAUCCUCCUGUUGUACAGCUCGGCCCCCAGAAAAUAUAUCCUACAGCCGCCACAGCUACUACACCUUUUUAUCAUUGGCACUAAACAAGCAGAACAAAAAAAAACCUGAUGCCAGGAUUAAUAAAAUAAUAAUAAUUUUGGCUUAAAUAGCGCAUUAUGCUAAAGCCUUGAUGCGCUUAACAAUAAAAAAGAAACUGCCGGGUUAACACUUGAGGUCUCCCUGGUUUCGUUUGUUGACAUGUUUACAUUACCGCAAAUAUAGUAGUGCAAUAUUUCACGAAUGCCCGCAUAAGAACCUUGGCUCUCGCAGGUCUGGCAUGGUGUCUUGUUCUUUUCUGAAAAUUUUGGAGAAUAUGACAAAAAUUCAGGAGACCCCAAUUGAAUCAGGUAAACAUUUGAGGAUGAGAGUUGAACAUAAACAAGCAAUGUUACUUCCAAUAUUCCAGUAAGUGGAAGUAGUUGAGAAUAGAUCUUUAGGAAUAGUAGGAUGCAAGAGAUUUGUAUUCAGGAUGGGUUUUCAAGAUGUAUAGAUUUGUAUUCAAGAUGUGGGUAUUGGUAGUAUCCAGGUAGCUCCCAUAUCUACUGGGAGGGGAUGGAAAGCAAAUCACCCCCCCCCCCCACCCUGAAACCCCACUAGAAAUUUGCUUAGCAAACAUUCUCUCAAGCUUUUUUGAACAGUCAUCCAUCCUACCAGGUAAAUAGGUAGUUUAUUCAUAGACUUUGUAUGUGUUGAUAAUCAAAUAAAUGCAAACAAAUAUUUUGGUUUCA